UUAUCAAUCACAAAGCACCACAAGUGCAAGUGCAUAAAGUUGGGUGUUGUUGUCAGACGGUUACGCGUGGUGUUGUUGUUGUUAGAGUUGCAUAAAAAGAGAGUAAUAAAAAAAGCUAGUGUAGCGAUAGUAAGCAGAUCGGUGAAGUGUAGAGCAGAUUUUUGCAGUUAUUAUAGGCAUUUCCCGUUCGAGCCGGACGACGAACUUGUUGCGGUUAGUUUGGUGUCAAUUAGGCGCGAAGAAAAUGAAAUCAAUUUUGUGCUUAAUUGGACUGGCGGCUGUGGUUCUUGACCUGGCCCAUGCGGAACCUGAACCAGUGGCUCCGGAUGCUCGAAAGGCACGCCAUCCGGCCAGUGGACCAACGAGUUACAAUUCCAUUGUGGGACCUGAUAGUGAAACCUUAAGUAAACUGCAGAAUCAGGUUGGACCUUCGGUUCAAAUUCCAUUGAAACCGAUUGGUCUUCCAACGAAAACUUCUGAAACUCCUCCAGCCUACAGUGUGACUUCUAACCAACCACCAAACUCGUACCCAUCCACCACUGCUACACAAAACAUUGGCGGACAGUACUAUGUCGCAAUGACUCCUCAAGCAACCGGAAACCAAGUAUUGUCUCCAGCAACCACCCCGCUGAUUAUGCAAUACAUCAACCCACAGGGUCAACCCACCGGAGGUCUUCACUACAUCCAGCUGCUGCGUCCAGUCAUGUACCCAUACGGCACCCAGUACGUCCAACCAUCCUACGUCCAACAACACCAGCAGCCAUCGACCACCCUCGGCCAGCACCAACAUCAACAGCUGCACCACCCGCAUACCCUGUCCCACUACUCCGGUCCCACGAUUCCAUCAUCCCCAACGCCCUCCUUACUCACUUCGCCAACCACCACCCAAUCGAGCUUCGUUCCCUUCCAGCCUUCUUCGCUUCACCAAUACGCAGCAGCAGCCACCGCCGCCACCGGCCAUCACCACCUGCCCUCGCCAGCAGCCUACACUAGCCCGCUUGGACAGUACUCCAGCCCGGUUCUGUCCUACUUUCAACCGAGAAUUUCCCUCAUGAAUUCCCCCGGCGAAAUGAACUUCAACACAAACGAGUACAUACCAUCGCCCGGCGAUCAAGUGUUUAUCAAAGGUGUGAAAAGCAUUCGGGCCUGAGGUGGGGUCCCGUGCGUGAUAUAUGGUACUGAUCUCCCUGUAAGCACUAAAUUUGCAAGCGUCUCCGUUUUCCGAUGAGAUUUCAUUGAUUAUUUAUAUGCUAUAUUUAACAUGUUAACUAAUUGUAAUUAAUUGU